GCUGGACAACAAAAGACUGCACACUGUUGCAUGCAUGCGUGCGAACACACAUACACACACACAGACACACACGCAUUCACGCGUGCUCAAAGCCGUAACUUAAAAAAAAUAAAAGACAGACAGACAGACAAAAAUAAAUAAAAGUAGGUCGUGAUUUGGAACUUGUUCAGCUCAGCUCCAUUCAAGCCACAAUGAUGUCAUACUUGUGGAUUCUGCUUUUGGGAAGUUUACUAAUGACUGGAGUCAGAACGCAAGACACAGAAGAUGUACCGGCUGCUACCAAUGACGAGUCUCCCGAUGUAGAGCCUGUAGUCGCCGAAGCUGGAGCUGAAGAGCAAACACCUAAGGAAGAACCAGCAGCAGAAGAAGAACCAGCAAUAGAAGAAGAACCACCAGCAGAAGAAGAACCAGCAGCAGAAGAACCAGCAGCAGAAGGAGAACCAACAGCAGCAGAAGAUCCAGCAGCAGAGGAACCAGCAGCAGAAGAAGAAGCAGAACCAGAAGAGCCAGCAGCAGCAAAGGAACCAGCAGCAGAAGAAGACCAAGAACCAGAAGAACCAGCACCAGAGGAACCAGCACCAGAGGAACCAGCAGAAGAAGAACCACAAUCAGAAGAAGAACCAGUAGUAGUAGAAGAACCACCAGCAGAAGAAAAACCACCAGUAUUAACAGAAGAAGAACCACCAGCAGAAGAAGAACCAACACCUGAAGUACCCAUAACAAAUCCUGUGGGUGUGGCUCCUGCAGCAGAAGAGGAACCUGAAGCAGAAGCAGAAGCUCCGACUGACGCAGAUGUUGAUCCACCUGUCGGAGAGCCUGACGUCACUGAAAAAGAAAUCAUCGCAGACGCAGCUGCAGGUGAAGCAAAAGAGGAACCAGAGAAAGCAGAUGAAGGUGAAGCUGAUGCUGGAGAAGCAGAUUCGGCUGUAGUUGAGGAGGACCUCCUGGUCGCAAAGGAGUCAGUGGAUGUUCAUUCAAGAACAUUUGAUAUUUCUGAUGCUCUCAAUGAUGAUGAAGAUGCUGUUCAGCACAGCGCAGGUCAAGAGAAAGCCCGCAGCGCCGGAGCGGUUUCUGGCUCAAACGACAGCGGAUCUGGGACAGUUGUCGGUGUGGUCUGCGGGAUCGCAGUAGCAGCUGUUGGAGCCAUAACCGGAUACUUCACCUACCAGAAGAAGAAACUCUGCUUCAAGGCCCAGAGAGGUGAUCUAGAGAGUGCCAAACAAGAGAACGGCACACAGAGUGACCCACAGGUUUUAAGUACUCUACUGGACUCCUCUUCAUAACCGGAGCGCUGAGCUGAAGAUACUGUGAACUGAUUUACAUUGAUCUGUGGAGGAUCAAGAUGAAGACGAAGAUACACGCACACACACAUGCACACGUACACACACACGCACACGCACACACACACGCACACACACACUUUCUGCUUCGACAUCAGUUCUCCACAGACUGUAGGACUGUUCUUGAUUUUUCUGAAUGUAAUUUCACUUUGUUUGAUUGGGAUGCAAUGUGUGUGUGUUCGUACUUGUUUAUGUGGUUUGCGAGGACACUAAUGUGUAUAAUGACAUGGGUAUGACAUAGUUGUACUCUAUUGCAGUGCUUUAUGAGGACGUCUAUACAGGGUUUUCGACAUUCAACAUUUGUCUGUUUUUUUUGUAAAGGUUAGGGCCAUAUAUUAAGCAAUUCCUUUCCUGUAUAAAAGAGUCCCUGUAAAGCAUAUAUACAAGCACCUGUGUCUCUCUCGGUGUGCAUGUGUACUUACUUGUUUAUGUGGUUUACAAGGACACUAAUGUUUAUAAUGACACGGGUAUGACAUAGUUGUACUCUAUUGCAGUGCUUUAUGGGGACAUGUCGUGUUUCCUUACAAUUCAAAACUGUUAAAAAUCAUACUUUACAGGAUUUUUUACAUUCAAAUUGUGCUAGUUUUAGGGUUAGGGCCACAUAAUAUGUGAUUUUUACUGUAUAAAAUGCAUUACGCCUAUGAAGAGUCCCUGUAAACUGUGUAUACAAGUGUGUGUGCACUGUGAAAAAUAUCCGUUAGUGGACAGUUUGCAAAUUUUGUGUUUAUUUGUGGUUGUGAAUUGCAUUAUGGGAUGUUGAUCUCUGCUCUGUCCACUUUUAAUGUUGAAUAUUUAACUCUACAGUUUAACAAAGUGACUUUUGUUGACAUUUUAGUGGUUUGAAAUAAUACAAGAAAUAAUAUCUAGAGAAAUAAGCCUGUAAAAUAACAGGAAAUGUUUAUUACAAGGUUUUUGUAACUCCAACCCAGAAAAUAUAUCACUUUACACAAUUAGAAUUGUUCAUAAAUCACUUUUUCACACUUUUCAAGGUUGAAAGUUGUUGUGAAGAAAGAUCGAGACCCCAUAAUGCAAUGCAAAAGCAGAAAUACACAGGGGAAAAUAAAAACAUGAAUCACAAAAUAUGGAAAACGGCUAAUUUACGGAUAUUGUUUUACAGUGUGUGUAAUUAGACAGUAAUCCUUUCGGGAGAGGCAUUUAAUUUCAUUGCUUUAAGAAAGUGUAAUCUUCUUGCUGUAUCAUUAAUCAAUGUCAAAUUGUUCAUCAUUCAUAAAGCAGAUUUCACAACAUGGAAACGAUUGAGUCUGAGGUAAUCACAUUCAUAGGAGUUUUUCCUGUUUUUUUAAUUAUGUAAAUAUGUUACGUUUGAAUAAAGGGUUGGUUAAAUUUAAA